AAGAUUCUUUUGAAGAUGCAGAUGAGAAUAUGGAUGAAGAAUUAGAUUCUUCUUUUGAAGAUAUAGUUAAGAAUAUGGAUGAAGAAGUAGAUUCUUCUAAUAAAGGUGCAGAUAAUGAUUUUGGUGAAGAG